AGCUGUGUCCAAUCACAGCUGAUCACUGAUGAUCAGUGUAGCCCCUUCAGUGCCACCUGUCAGUGUCCAUCAGUGCUAAUCAGUGCCUCAUGCCAGUGUCCAUCAGUGCCACAUAUCAGAGCCUACCAGUGCCCAUCAAUGCCACAUAUCAGUGCCCAUCUGAGCUGCCUUUCAAUGUCACCCAUCAGUGCCAGUGAGUGCCACCUAUCAAUGCCAAUCAAUGCCAGCUAUCAGUGCCAGCCAGUGCCACCUAUCAGUGCGAGUCAGUGCCGCCUA